GGUGUAAUCAGGAAGGAUGGGGGGUGUGUAUAGAAUGGGCCAACACAAAACCAUUCCCUGCCGGCUGCUCUGCCGCUAACCAAAUGGAUUCUGCUUCAUCUUGAUCUUGAUUUGUGAUUUUUGAUACCAAUAUGAGAAGUGCUAGUUUUAUCUGGAAUGUCUGUAAAUCAUCAUUCACAUUUGGGUUAAUAGGCCUAACCGUAUCAGACCGUUUUGCUAGUGUUGUCCCUGUACGGGGGCUCUCUAUGGCGCCUACAUUUAAUCCUCCAAAUAACUCCUCUUCUUUCGGCUUAUUUACUGAUGACCAUGUCUUGGUAGAGAAACGUUGCUUGACGGAUUACAAGUUUUCACACGGCGAUGUUGUAGUUUUCUGCUCCCCACGAAAUUAUAAGGAGAGACAAAUAAAACGUAUAACUGGCAUGCCGGGUGAUUGGAUCAGUGUUCCUUUCUCAUAUGACGCUGUGAAGAUUCCUGAAGGUCAUUGUUGGGUUGAAGGAGAUAAUCCAACUGACAGCUUGGACUCCAGAUCCUUUGGCCCGCAGAUUCCACUGGGGUUGAUUCGUGGAAGGGUUACACACAUUCUCUGGCCGCCUCAAAGAGUCCAGAAAAUUGAUAAAAAGCUUCCUCGGAGUGGACUUUCCUUCUAAGGUGAGUUUAAAUACUCAAUUAACAGUGCUGACGAAGAUCUAUGAAGAUAUGAGUACAAUGACCAGAAUUUUCUAUAGGUUUAUGAUUUGUUUCUUUAAAUUUUUUAUUCUGAAGUUUUUUUAGGGGUAUUAUUUUGUUUUAGUGAUCAUUCUGCAAGUGUCUAGAUACAUUAUUUGAUAGAGGUUAUGCAUCAUGAGGGUGUUCACAUAAAAAAAACUAUCAGACUAAUCUAUUCAUUUUAUUUUUAAAAAACUGUACUGUUUAUUUA